UGUUAUACCUUUUUUUCCCGCCCGUCUGGUGCGUUUGCCGACGGCCCCUCUCGGCCCUGUGUCUCGGGAGAAUCAGCUGCGGUCUGGGCCUGCGCCCCACCUGCGUGCGCCCGGGCCGAGCCAGCCCCGCCAGGUUGCCUCCGCCCCGCUGCCGGCCCGAGCGCGCGGCCCCGGGGGCGGACUCCCGCCGCCCAGCUGAGACGCGAUUCGUCACUCUUGCAGAACUUUCCCCCUGAAAAUCCCUGCACCAGAACCCGCUCUCCCGCCCCGGGGAGGUUUUGAUUUUAGUGGCUUUCUUCCUUUUAUUUUCCGUUGUGUGCGGAUUUCGCUGCAGAGCGAACUUGAGGCUAGUCCGAGUACAUGUGAGCGGUAAUCGCCCCUGCAGCUGGUUACCCUGACACUAUGCACUCCGAAGCAGAAGAAUUCAAGGAAGUGGCCACAGAUGUCUUUAAUUCCAAAAACCUGGCCGUUCAGGCACAAAAGAAGAUCUUGGGUAAAAUGGUGUCCAAAUCCAUCGCCACCACCUUAAUAGAUGACACGAGUAGUGAGGUGCUGGAUGAGCUCUACAGAGUGACCAGGGAGUACACCCAAAACAAGAAGGAGGCAGAGAAGAUCAUCAAGAACCUUAUCAAGACGGUCAUCAAGCUGGCCAUUCUUUACAGGAAUAAUCAGUUUAAUCAAGAUGAGCUAGCACUGAUGGAGAAAUUUAAGAAGAAAGUUCAUCAACUUGCUAUGACCGUGGUCAGUUUCCACCAGGUGGAUUAUACCUUUGACCGGAAUGUGUUAUCCAGGCUGUUAAAUGAAUGCAGAGAGAUGCUGCACCAAAUCAUUCAGCGUCACCUCACUGCCAAGUCACAUGGACGGGUUAAUAAUGUCUUUGAUCAUUUUUCAGAUUGUGACUUUUUGGCUGCCUUGUAUAAUCCUUUUGGGAAUUUUAAACCCCACUUACAAAAACUAUGUGAUGGUAUCAACAAAAUGUUGGAUGAAGAGAACAUAUGAGAGCAUGAGUUAAGAUUGUGACUGAUCAUGAUUGAUUUGAAGAUGGAACUGCUGAUUUAUGAAGGAAAAAAGAAGAAUUUUCUAAAGAUUACACAUAUUUCAGAAAGACUUUGCCCAAUUCAGUUGUCAGACAUAAUGAUUUAUUUGAAGGCUUGUUUUAUUUGAAGAAAAGCAUAUUGCCAAAAAUUCUGGUUAAAAGCUUCCAAACGGGUAACAGACCAUGGGAGAGAUAUGGGGUUGGGUAAUGCAAAUGUAGUUACACAAAGAAAAAUACAGAUAGCUCCAGAUCUGAGGACUUUUUUAUAGGGCAAUCAUUGUGUUGGUGGCACAUUGGAUAUUUCUAACAUGUACAAAGCUAUGUAUUUUGAUUUACUUUCAUUUCUUGCUAUGUAUAUGUACUUUUCUUAAAAUGCCAAGAACUUUCUCUUGCUAUCAUUGCUCCUUUUGAAACAAUUCAAUUUUCAUGUCUACAGCUUACAGCUGACUGUUUUGUUAAAGAUUGAGUCAUUGACAUUCAAGAUUUAAGUCUGAGGUAGUCAAUCCUUGACAAAAAACAAACAAACAAAAAAAAAACGGCUUAUCUGAAAUCAGUACUGUGGAAAUGAAGUAUAUGAUCUAUUAUGAAUAAUGUCCAAUAUAAGAAUAUGCUUCUGGAAUUGAGUUCUACUUUUAAGUACCAAUGAUACUUAAAUUUUUCAGAAAUGUAAUGGUGUGUCAUUGCCUUGAAGUGCUUGCUUAGGGCUUCUUUUAUGUUAUCUUAAAAUGUGCUGGUGAAUUUUUCAUUUUUUACAUCCAUUUCAUAUGUAGGAGACAAAAAAAUCUAGAUUGGUCUUGAUACUGAGAUAAUAAAAAGUAAGUAGCAUUAAGAAAGAUGACAAUCUUCAUUUUACAGAUGAACUCAUUGAAACAAUUUAGGAGAAUGAGGGGCAAAAGGGGAGAAAUGAUAUUUCUAAAGAACAUGAGCACAAAAAUGAAUGCAUUUCAGUGUUUAAGAAGGUUUGAUAAAGAAUGUCACUUUUUUAUUUAACUGAUAAGGUUUUUGUUAUUUUUUACUUUGAUGAGUAAACCAAAAAAUAUUUGCAUUUCAAGCAGUUUGUGUGGUGUUUCUAUAUAAUUUUCUGUGUGUAAAUAAUAAAGUAGGCAUUUGCUUAUUUUGUAAAAAAGAAAUGAAAAUCUGCUGGCCAGCUAUGUCCUCUAGGAAAUGACAGACCCAACCAGCAGCAAUAAAUAUUUCCAUUGUCA